AUGGGUCUGACGUGGAUUCUGCUCAUUUCCCGUCAAGGCAAAGUACGUCUAGCCAAGUGGUUCACCACGCUCUCUCCCAAGUCCAAGGCCAAGAUCACAAAGGAUGUGACUCAACUGGUACUAGCACGUCGCACAAGAAUGUGCAACUUUCUAGAGUACAAGGAUACAAAAGUGGUGUAUAGGAGGUAUGCCAGUCUUUUCUUUGUGAGCGGUAUCGCUCCUGGAGAUAACGAAUUGGUCACGUUGGAGAUGAUACAUCGGUACGUCGAAGUACUGGACAGGUACUUUGGAAAUGUGAGUGUUGCGAGCGUACAUCACGAGCUGGACCCAGUGCAACGGUGAAUUGGUGCGAGAAAAUACUGUCUGCAUGUCGGCACACGGGCUGGCUGUCGUCUGUCACUGGAUUCCUUGACUUGUUGACGGUGUGACGGGAUAAGGAUAGAGGGUGCCGGUAGCAGCGUCUUUCUAGUCUCAGCGAUAGCGUUUUUCCUUGCGGUCCGCGACACGCAUGCUUCCUCACUGAGUCGCCGCUUCCUUCUCGACCCUACCGUCGCCCUUGGUCGCCAACAGGUAUGCGAGCUGGACCUCAUCUUCAACUUUCAAAAGGCCUACUCGGUGAGUCUGGGCGCCCAUCUAACCCAUGCCCGCUCAGCUCCUAUCCUGACCACCGCUCUCUUGUCCCCGACGUUUGCACUUCGCGCCCGUCGAAUAUAGAUCCUUGACGAGUUGAUCAUUGGCGGUGAAUUGCAGGAGAGCAGUAAGAAGAGCGUCCUGAGAGUCGUUUCGCAGAGCGAUGCGAUCGAAGAAGCAGAGAACAGCGAAGAUGUGAGUAUUAGACGGCUUAUCUGCCAAUCUCUACCCUUCGCUGGCACUGGAGUCACGAAUCGAGCGCUGAAUAGCUUGCCUCAUGUGCUCCGUCCAUCCCUAGUCUCUCGCGAGGAUCGGCAGUAGAGCUGUCUGA